UUAUAUGUACUCUAGUAACAGGAACGGAGCACCAAUAUGAUGUUUCCCCUGUUUAGCUAGGGACAUUGGAAUAUUAUCAAUCAAACAUGAAUGCGAGCAUCUCUAGAGAAGAGGGGCGCCAGAAUGAGGAGGCUGAAGGCGUCACAAGCAGCAUCAAUGUGCAAGGAGAAGAAGACGCACUCAUCCAAGUCCUGGAAAGUAAGCUAUCGAUGUCGCCGAAAGCCCUCAGCAAAUCGGCCGGCAGAAGCGGUUGCUGCAUUUUCCGGGUACACCCGGGCUUCACCAGGGUCAAGGUCCAGUCGUAUCAACCUCGCAUCGUCUCAAUCGGUCCAUACCACCACGGGCAGGAGCAGCUGAAGAUGAUGGAGGAGCACAAGUGGAGGUUUUUGGCCAGAGUGGUGAAGAGGACGAGGGAGAAGAAAGAAGGCGUGGGUUUGAAGCAUUACUUAGAAGCAGUCAGAGAACUGGAAGCAGUGGCCAGAGCAUCCUAUUCUGAAGCGAUCGAUCUUACUAGCGAUGAGUUUGUAGAGAUGUUGGUUCUUGAUGGGUGCUUUGUGGUUGAAAUGUUUCGGGCAUUCAGCGGGGCGGUUCCCUUUGAGGAAGACGAUCCAUUUCUUUCAAUGCAAUGGUUACGAUUCAGUCUCCGCCACGACUUCCUCUGCCUCGAGAACCAAAUACCAUUUUCCGUGCUCGAGAAAUUGUUCAAACUUACUGAAAUGGGCGAAAAAAGCACACUCAAGGGAACAUCUCAUACGAGUUGUUUGUCCCUGCUGGCCCUCCACUUCUUUGACACCACAGGUGCAUUCGCAAGAAAGACCGAAGGGAUGAUCAGGGCCAGUUCAGGACACGAGUUUGAAGGCCUACAUCUACUUGAUUUGGUCAGGAAAAGUUAUUUCCCCAAGGGUUCUCGGGAGCAAAGGGAACCAGGAUCUCGGUGCAAGGGAAACUGUUUCGGGUCGAAAGGCGGGAAAUAUGAGUAUCGCAACUUCCACCGCAUCUCGAAGCUGCGGAAAGCGGGAAUCAAGUUUAGGAGCAACAAGAGAGAGGCGGGGAGUUUUCUAGCUGUGGGAUUCAAGCGGGGAACGAUCAGGAUGCCCCCGCUAACGCUGGACGACACGAUGUGCGCGUUCUUGCUGAACUGCGUGGCGUUCGAGCAAUGCCACAAGGGGAGCGACAGGCGUGUGUCGCAGUACGCGGUGUUUCUGGGCUGCAUCAUAGACACAAGCGAAGAUGUGGACAUUCUGUGUGAGGCCAAGGUCUUGCACAACCGUUUAGCGACGCAGGGUGAGGCGGUCGCCUUUGUGGGCAUGCUCGCAGAGGCGGCGGCCUCCACUAAACUCGGCGAAAGCUACUUGAAGGAGGUGUUUGCUGGCUUGAACAAGUAUUACGACAACAAAUUGCACACUCAUGUUGCCGAGGUCAAGGGAAAAUACUUCAGCUUCAUGCCUCUCUUUGAUGCCUCUAUUCAUCAAAUUCGUAAAUUUGGUUCCAAUUUAUUUAAAAAGGAAAAAUGAUUUAAGUAUCCAAAUUCAUAAAGGGGUGUGAAGCAAGUACUAUAAACUUGCGCAAGUAAUAUUUAUAUCCUAAUCUUUAUAUAAAAAAUUACAUUACCACCAUGAUCAUAUGUUUUUUGACAAAUGUAAUCUUAUGAUGAGAAGUACUCCCUCCGUAACUUAAAAAUCUUCCCACUUUCCUUUUUCGUCCGUAACACAAAAAUCUUCCCAUUUCUAAAUCUUCCCAUCAUACCCUCAAUAAUUCUUAAAAUAAUACUCUAUUACAACUACUUUUUUUGGAUUUAUCCUACAUUCCACCACAUUAUUCCAUUAUUUUCCCAUCAUACCCUCAAUAAUUCAUAUAAUCUUUCACUAUUCUUAAUCUACCUACUUUUAAAAUUGGAAGAUUUUAAAGUUACGGAGGGAGUAUAUAAUUUAAAAUUCACAAAUGCAAUUAAAAUAGAUGGUACGUGAUUGAUACUCCCUCUGUCCCCUUUUUAAUGUCCUGUUUUAUUAUAUUGGAAUGUCUCUAUUUAAUUGUCUCAUACCUUAUUUGGUAAAGUGUGUGUGGCUCAAAAUCAUUCUUACUUUAUUCCUACUUUAUCAAUUAAUAUCAACCACACAAAUCCACUUUUCUUAAAACUCGUGCCACUCUCUUCCGUCCAAUAAAAAAGGGACGGAGGUAGUACUACCUUCGUUCUUAAAUAAGUGCAACAUACCAAAUUUUACACGAUUCAUAAGCUCUGCUUUGACUACAUUUUAUUUAUUGAUGUAUUAAUAUAUAUAUUUUGAAACAAAUAUUACUAAAUUUGUCUCAUUGUAAAUUUUCAAAAUCUGAUUUUCAAAUUUUUUUCACUAAUAGAGAGUUAUAAAUAUUAAUGGUCAAAGUUGUGUCUCGACAAAUGUGAAAUGUUGACCGUUGCACUUAUUUAAGAACGGAGGAAAUAUUAUUUAUUUCAAAAAUGAAAUUUUAGAAUGCUAACUACAUCCGAAUAAAGCUUAAAGCAUUUUAAAUUGUGUAUUUGUUGCAUUAAUUUUAUAUUUUAAAAAAAACUAUAAUCAUGGUGCUCAAAUAAUUUUUUUAUAAUGUUCGGACUAUAGAUAUUACGUAUGUCAGUUUAGGGUAUUCAUCUCACAUGUUUGAAAUAUUUAUAUUAUUUUUUCCUUUUGUUUCAAUAAACUUAUCUUAUAUGUACUUCUAAAGUUUUAAUGUUGCUGUAAAACUAAAACACAUGUUCUUCUACAAUCUGUACCAUUCAUUAUUUAUCUUCACAUUCAACUAUUCACCCCGCCUUCAUUGUAUCAGCUUUUGUGUGUUGGCUUUACCUUUCAAUUAAUAUCUUAUGUAUGGAGUCUUUGUU